AUGGGGCACUCUUUCCAGAACUCCCAGGUACCUAGCAAAAAGGAGCAUUCAAUAGUGUACCGAAACACCGCACACCAAGUGUUCGGUGAAUUGCCCAAAAGAAGAUUUCAAGCUAAUUUACCACCCUAUCCAAUCAAACGCUUGCAAUAUGGCUCCGAGCAAGAAAAAGCCUCGAACCACGGCUUCGUCAAAAGUGCCAGAGAAAAUUGGGCCCGAGCCAACCAAAGGAACGCUCCGUCGGCACCAAUCGACGAUGAUGAAUUUCAGACACACACAUUCGUCAGUCCACAAGCCGCCAAGGAUUUUCAAGACCGAGCGAAGUCGAUCAUCCCGGAGCGAGAACUUCUUCUUGACGAGGAACGGAACCCGGAAAUUUUCGACAAUGUCAUGAAACGAGGUUGGCAAUCGUUCAUUGAGGAUCCAGGGGAGGCAAAUGUCAGCAUGGUCCGAGAGUUCUUUGCCAAUGCAGCUCAUUCCGAUAGCAACACAUCUGUCAAGGUUCGAGAUGUUGUAGUUCGAUUUGAUCCUGCCCAUAUCAACAACUACUUCAAUUUGCCCGACUUAUCGCUGGAAGGCUACAACACGGUGAAAAAGAAAACCAUUUUCGAUGAUUUGAUCAGAACUUUGUGCCCGAGGGGGACAUCCUGGAAAGGGGAGAAGAAAAGUUUCAAUCGUUCAGAAUUGUCUAAGGAAGCAAAGGCGUGCGCUAACUUCGUCUCGGCCCACCUCUUGCCCACAUCGGCGGUGAGCACAGUCCUUCCCCCCCGGUUGCUUCUUAUCUAUGCUAUCAUCAUAGGGAUCGACAUCAAUUGGGCAGGAGUUCCGACCCGGGAGAACGACGAGACAAUGAAACCCCAACUGCCUAUCAAAGAUGUUUUUUCGUACAAGGACGUUGUGGGGCCGGACAAUCCAGGUAUGGGAGGCGAUGACGACGAGGGAGAUGCCCAGAAUGCUCCAGCUCCACGACGAGCUGCUCAACCGCGCCAAAAAGGAAAGCAAUCAGUCCAAGAGAUUGGCGACGGGGACCGAGAGUGGAAGGAGGCAGUCGAAACACACCUGACAUUCAUCGGGAAAAUGUUGCGGGCACUCACCAGCAAAAUGGGGUGCGACACCACAGAUAUCGCAGAACCCCUCCCUUUCCCACGACAUGCUGCAGCUGUGGAUAGGCCCGAGAGCUCUCGGGCGAGACGAGUCAUAGAGAGCGACGACGAGGAGGACCUAAACAACUAAGGGACGUUGUGUAUUCUUUCCCUUUUAUUUAUUAUUCUGCUUUUGAGCAUAGGGACUAUGCUAAAAUUUGAGUUUGAGGGUGGUGUUUGUUGAACCUUUUUGUUUUUGUUUUUGUUUUUAGUUCGUUUGUUUUGGGAUAAGUCGUUGGAUUGAUAUUUCGUUUACGAUGUAUCUUUGCUAGACUUUGUUUUUAUUUUAUUUUAUUUAUCUUAUUUU